AUGGAGGUAUUCGGAGGUCCGCCCCCACCUCUGCCUAUUGGCCCUAUGCCGUCCAAGAAGGGCAAGAAAACUCCCCAAGAGGUCUUGUCCGAGUUCUGGGAAAAGUUUCACACGAAGAAGCCCGGCAAGGUAACUUCGAUCUUCCCGCGCAGUCUCUAUCAGAACAUCCUCCCCCCAACCCACCCGGCUGGGGCUAGGUCAUCUCGCAAUGCCCGCGAGAGCUACGAGGCGGCAGCCAAGGAGUGCCGCGAAAAGGUCAAGCGCAUCAUCCGGGAAUGUGAGCGUACCAAUGAGAAGUUCACAGACCCGGAUUUCGACAUCGAGCGGGACGAUGACAACAACUGCCUGAAUGGCCUCGUCAGGGACAGCGGGAGCUCUACUAAUGAAGCUCCCGUGUCCCAGCCGGCCGUAAGUGCUUGGGAUGUCAAGAAUAGCCUCGAGACUCUCGCGCAAAGUCAGGUGCUCGGCGGUAGCGGUCGGAUCCACGUGGAUGCCAAUGCACUGAGCCGAAUCAUGGCCUCUGAUUCGAAUAACUACUAUGACGGCGUAUCUGCUGGCGAGUAUUAUAGCCCGGGAUCUGUGCACCGUGUCGACUGGAUCUUCGAAUCGCCCCAGUUCUCCGUGGGUGGUUUCUCCAGCACCGAUAUCAAGCAAGGCGCAAACGGCGAUUGCUGGUGGCUUGCUGCCGUGGCCACGAUUGCGCACCGCAAAGACCUCAUGAACAAGGUCUGCGUUGCCAGGGACGAGGAGUGUGGCGUGUACGGCUUCGUGUUCCAAAGAGACGGCGAGUGGCUUUCGACUGUCAUUGAUGAUAAUCUGUACCUGAAAUCGCCCGACUUUGAUGCGUACGGCGACAUGUAUGACGCCACCGGCAGGAAAGCGAAGAAGCACAGGAAGGCAGAGCAGACAGGCUCAGACGCGCUCUACUUUGCUCGCUGCGAGGACCCCAAUGAGACUUGGCUGCCCUUGCUGGAGAAAGCUUACGCCAAGAUCCACGGCGACUACGAGGCGAUCUCCGGCGGGUGGCCAGGUGAAGCUGUAGAAGACAUGACUGGAGGCGUUACAACCACUAUUGCGUCUAACCGUGUUCUCAGAAAAGACAAGCUUUGGAAGGAGCUUGUGAACAGUGAUGGCGAGUUUGUCUUUGCUCUAGCUGCAUUCGGAACCGGUUGGGACUGGCAGAAGAGCGGACUAGCGCUCGGACAUGCCUAUAGCAUCCUCGAAGCCCGCGAAGAAGUGGAUGAAGACGGCAACAAAGUUCGCCUUGUGAAGAUUCGCAAUCCUUGGGGAGAGCGAGCUUGGAAUGGAGUUGGCGAAUGGAAUGGCCCUUGGUCGGAUGGCUCUAGAGAAUGGACGCCGUAUUGGCUCAAGAAGAUAGGCCACACAUUCGGCGACGACGGAAUUUUCUGGAUGUCCUAUAAGGACAUGCUGGAGACUUUCAUGUUUCUCCACCGCACACGCCUAUUCGAUGAGAAAUGGACCGUUGUUCAACAGUGGACAAGCGCCAAUGUCUCAUGGGUUACCGGCUACCUGCGGAACAAGUUUGAAAUCGAAGUCAAGAAGGCCGGGCCAGUGAUCAUUGUCCUGACCCAACUGGAUGAGCGGUAUUUCCGUGGUUUCCAAGGAGAAUACUAUUUUGAGCUCCACUUCAUCCUCCAAGAGGUCGGUGCUGCAGCUAGCGACCACAUCUGCCGUGUUCGCCCUGUACACAAGUGGGAGAACCGCUCCGUGACCUGUGAAGUCGAGCUCGAACCCGGAAAGUACGAGGUACUCCCCAAGAUCACUGCAACUCGCGAAAGUUCGUCCAAGCCUGUUGAAGAUAUCGUCAAGGAGUAUGCGGACAAGAAUCCCCAGAAGCUGCGACAAGUGGGCAUGGCCUAUGAUCUAGCCCACGCCAAGGGCGGCCUGCCCAACGAAGACGAUCUUCUUGAAAAGAAGAAGGCCGACGAGAAGCGGAAGAAAGAAGAAGAGAAGCGUAAGAGAAAGGUCAAAGCUAAGCGUCGAAAGGCUGUCGGCAAGGCCGCCGAGGCUUUGGCGUCAGCUGCGGAUGCCAUGAAGGAGAUUGCCCAGUCCGACUCCACUGAGGGCAAGAAGGAUGCCAAAUCUAGCGAGGAGCAGACUGGGUCCAAUGACAAGGAAAAGCCUGAUGUGGCGGGUGGACCAACGACGGAACCAAAGGAGCAAGCUGUUCAAGAACCCAAGUCUGCGGCGGAUUCGAAGCCAAAUCCUACACCCUCGAGCAGACCGACUUCGUCAACGCCUGCCCUGGAGUCAAAUAAAGAGGAGCCACCGGCUACGUCAAGUGGCCUGAAAGAUGCGCCUCUGCCUCCCGAUAACAAGGACGACCCCAAAGAAUCCGAAGCCAAAGAGUCUGAUCUGAAGGAAGAAGCGGAUGGCGUGGAAGAGAAAGACGAGAAGAAGAAUGAUAACGUCGACGACGGGGAUGAAGAAGAAUCUGAAUCCGAGUCAGAGUCGGAAUCAGAUGACGAUGACGACGACCAGAAUGCCAACCCCUGGAACGCUGUAGCCGUAGUCGGACUGCGGGUCUACGCCCGCGAUCCUGAGGUUAGCAUUACCCUGAAGGCUGCCACUACAGAAGAGGCUACGACCUUGGUAGUAGAGGGACAACCCGCAGGCGCUACCAUCUGA